AUGAAAUUUGAAGAGCUGAUCAUGCAGGAGACUCGCCAGAAGCAAAAAACAAUGGAUCUUCAACAAGAGGUUGACCAACUUGAAGCAGAAUUAGAACAAGAGCUGAAACUCACCAAAAUCUUGAACUAUGCACUCCGUGAUCCCAAUCCCAAUUCCAUCCACACCUAUUGUCCAUGUUUCUCCACACACCUUCCCUCUAAGAUAAAAGAGCUGCUUACAGAACUGGCUAUGGUGGAGGAAGAAAUUACUUUUCUGGAAAGGAAAGUCGACAAGUUGAACCUGAGUUUGUUUCUAGAGAAAAAACAGACCAGAGAAUGGGAGUUGCAGAAGCUAAGAGACUUGCAACCAGUCCGACCACGAAAACAAUCGUUUCGAAGGCAACAAAAUCAACCAAAGUUCAUGGGUUAUGAUGAUCAAUUACAAGAUUAUGGACUUCAUGUGAGACAGAGAAGACCCUCUUUUGGUUCUUCAAUUGACAUUAAACAUUCUAAGCUUCGGCUUUCGGUUCUGGGAACAGACGAUCGUAUAACUGAGUAUUCGAGAUAUAAGAAUUUUGAUACAAAAAGUCCGAAUAAGUUGUCCGAAGAUCUUAUUAAGUGUUUAAUAGGGAUAUUCCUGGAACUGAAUCAGCCAUUGCUGGAUGGUGAAGAUGGGUCAGAUUAUGUACCUAAACAAAUCUCUUGCAUGAAUUCCAAAAGCUUUAAAACAACCUUCAAUUGUACAGCACCACCAUUUUUCUUCAACAAUCAUGCUUCAAAUCUUGACCCUUAUGCCAUAUUACUUGAUUUUGAUGGUGGAAUCAGAGAUAUUGGUCCGUACAAAACUUUCACCCAAAUCACACUCAAUUCACUCGACCAUACUCGCAUUUCUCAAUGUUCCACACAAGUUGGAAAACUCAGGGUUUUGAUGCAGAAACUGUGCACUGUGGAUUUGAAUCUGUUGACAUACAAGCAGAAGUUAGCAUUCUGGAUCAAUAUAUACAACGCCUGCAUAAUGCAUGCGUUUCUACAACAUGGAUUGCCCUCAACACAGGAGAAACUACUGGUUCUCAUGAACAAGGCAGUAAUCAACGUGGGUGGCAUUGUGGUAAAUGCACUGGGAAUUGAGCACUUCAUUCUUCGUCAUCCAUCCAACCCCAAUCAUGGUCCAGCUGAUGAGAGAGAAAUGGUUUUACGACACGCCUACGGACUCGGGUUCCCGGAACCCAACGUGACUUUCGCUCUUUGCAGGGGGAGCUGGUCUUCACCAGCCUUGAGGGUUUAUACAGCAGAAGAUAUAGUGGAUGAAUUGGCAAGAGCAAGAUUGGAGUAUCUGGAAGCCUGUGUGGGGGUUGUUAGCAAGAAAAAGAUAAUGGUGCCAAAGCUUCUACAAUGGCACAUAAAGGAUUUUGCAGAUGAUAUGGAGUCACUUCUGGAAUGGAUAUACAGCCAGUUACCACAAUCAGGAUCGCUGAAAAGGUUGAUAAUGGAGUGUCUGAAUGGUGAAACCAAAUCCAGUCCUGCUAAACUGAUAGAGAUUCAGCCAUAUGUAUAUGAAUUCCGAUACUUGUUGCCUGCAUGAAUAGAAAGAGGAAAUUAGGAAGCAAAAAUCGUGUAG